AUGUAUGAAUGGAUUGCUGGUGAUUCUCCCUUAAGUUUUUUCAGAUCUUCAACUACAUGGGAGUUCCUCAGGCCUAGGCAGGAGGAAGUAGAUUGGACCGAUGUUGUUUGGUUCAAGGGAGCUGUUCCAAAGCACGCAUUCACAAUGUGGGUUGCCAACUAUGAUAGACUGCCCACAAGGAACAGGCUAGCAGCUUGGGGUCUACCGGUCUCUACCGACUUUCCAUUCUGCUCUCGUCACAUAGAAAACAGAGACCAUCUAUUCUUGAGGUGUGAUUACAGUAUCCAAGUCUGGAGAGAGGUCUUCAUCAGGUGUCAAGCGCCAUCAUCUACUCUCACAGACUGGUCAGAACUGCUCUCAUGGAUCAGAGCAUCUGGAAACACAAAGCUAAAGCUACUGAGGAAGAUGGCUACUCAAACCGUCAUUUUUCAUCUGUGGAAGCAAAGAAACAACCUAAUUCAUAACCAGACCUCACUCCCUGCUGCAUCAGUGUUCUAUGGUAUUGAUAAAGAGUUGAGAAACAUCAUUUCAGCUAGGAAGCAUAGCAAGCACUUCUGUUCGCUUACGCCUCUUUGGUUGAGAUAA